AUGAGCUUCGUUACUCGCCGAGCGCUUUCGACGCUCAUUCCUCCCAAGGCAAUCGGCGGAGCUCCCGACGCUCUGCGCAUGCAGCGCGUUGUCAGCUUCUACGAGAAACUUCCUCGAGGCGCCGCUCCCGAGGUCAAGAGCAAGGGCCUGCUCGGUUGGUACCAGGCCAAGUACUUUGGCAAGAAGACGUCGGCUCAGCCCAUUGUCCAUGUUUUGCUUUUCCUGAUUGGCAUCGGCUACGCCCAGAACUACUAUUACCACUUGCGUCACCACAAGAACAACGCCCACUAG